AUGGAUUUGGGGCGCACCGGCUGCAACUUCGAUUCGAGCGGCCGCGGGUCGUGCAUCACGGGCAAUUGCGGUGGCGUGCUGUCCUGUGCCGCCGGUGGGAAGCCACCCGCGACGCUCGCCGAGUACACGCUGGGUAAAGGCGGCAGCCCUGACUUCUAUAACAUCUCCCUCGUCGACGGAUUCAACGUGCCCAUGAGCUUUGGGCCUGUCGGCAGCAGUUAUCACGUGAUGAGCUGUGCCGCGGACAUCAACGCAAAGUGCCCGUCGGAGCUGAAAGUGGACGGAUGCUGUGUGAGUGCGUGCAUCAAGUUCGGCACCGCCCAGUACUGCUGCACGCUGCCGCUUACGCCGUCGACCUGUGGGCCGACGGACUACUCGCGCUUCUUCAAGGGGCACUGUCCGGACGCCUACAGCUACGCCUACGAGAAGAGCAGCACCUUCACCUGCCACGUCCGAUUAGACUACCAAGUCACCUUCUGCCCAUAG